GCUUGCGCUUACGGUGGAGCAAGAAAACAGCAAUGUCAUCCCCCUCUCCGCUUAACCCCUCAACCCCAAAAAUCUCCACCCUUCUUUCUCUUUCUACACCUCCCAAACCCUCACUUCCCCAAAACUUGUUUUUCCCUCGAAAAUUGCACUCCGUCUCCCCUUCCUUCCUUUCCUCUUACAUUGCCCAAAACGAUGACGUCCACGAUGAUGAGUACGUUAUUGGUGAUUGCCUCGUCUUUGAAGACGGUGCUUUUGAAGACCCCUAUCUCCAAGCUGGCUCCAGUUCUGACCAUCCCAAUUCGAUCUCAGGAAUCACUAAAACAAAACGCAAGAAGAAGAAAAAACAGUCAGUAGAAAUUGAGGCUGAGAAUUUGGUUCCAGAGAAAUGGAGACAUGUUCUAGACGAGAUUAAUAUAACCAAGAAAGAGAGACGAAAACUGGCGCAACAGUUGGAGUUUGGGAGCAGAGUUGAGAAGAAGAGGCAAGGUUUGGUCCCUAUAAGGAACGUGAAUUUGCAAGAAUACUUAAAGUAUAAAGAGGAUAAAUUGGCUCAGUUGAACCCCGUGGUUCUUGACAAUCCUUCGAGUUUUCCUGUGAAGGAGGAGAAGAAGGAUGAGGAAGGGUCAAAAGAGGCUGAAAUGAAUCUGCCAUCUUCGAGUGAGCGCGUAGCGCCUAAGAAUCCCAGGUGUGCAGUUUACGGAAGGGGUUUCGAGGAUAUUGCUGAGUUUUUCAACAGUGGGAACCACCAGCCGGGCGAGAACAAAACCCAAGGCCCACGUAAGUUGUUUACAAAGGAGGAAAAACUUAUUUUAAAUAGGCGUGUACCCGAUCUAGCAGUUGCCACUUCUGGAAAAUGGCUACCCCUUCACACUCUUGCGGCUUCAGGAGAGUUCUACCUCGUUGAUGCUUUAUUGAAACACAAUGUUGACAUCAAUGCUGUGGACAAGAAUGGUUUGACUGCAAUUCACAAGGCAAUUAUUGGAAAAAAGCAGGCCAUUACCAACUAUCUUUUUAGAGAAUCAGCUAAUCCAUUUGUUCGUGAUGAAGAUGGGGCCACCUUGAUGCAUUAUGCUGUCAAUGCAGCAUCAACUCCCACAAUUAAACUACUUCUGUUAUACAAUGUUGAUAUAAAUCUUCAGGACAAUGAUGGUUGGACACCAUUACAUCUUGCUGUUCAAGGUAGAAGAACAGAUAUAGUGAAGCUUUUAUUAAUUAGAGGGGCAGAUAAGAUGCGAAAAAACAAGGAUGGUUUAACCCCACUUGACCUUUGCUUUUACUCUGGUCGAGACACGAGAACAUAUGAACUGAUCAAGCUGUUGAAGCAGCUUCGCAGGCCACAGUCGGUAACUGCUUUAAACAAAAAUUGGGAAUCUGUUGAUGUUGGAGAUAUGGAUGGUGCAGAAACUAUUUUGCACUACCGGAUGUUGAGGCAAGGAUUUCAAGAAGACAUAAAAUGGAAGUCAACUAGGAGCCAGCUUCCAAUUUCAGGGGCUAAAAUUAGUUCAAUUGGACAAGCCUUUCUUAGUCGCUUUCCCAGUCCAACUAUUUUUCUUAAGAUUUCUUGUGAUGGAGACUUCUUACUACCCGUUAUUGGGAGUUUGCUGUUGAAAAACUUAUGGCUGCAUUUUGGGGAGAUGAUGAUGGGGAUAGUCCUGAUCAGUUCCAGCUUGUUAAAAAUGUUGUGGAGCAGCUUGGAUAUGAAGUAUGGAGUUGGUUUUUCUCAUGUUAAAAUGGUGAGAAUUACACAAAGGGUUGUCAGUACUUACUUUGCAAAAUUGUAUUUUAGCAAGCCAGGGGAAAAUGAUGUCAUAAGUGUGGAUGCAGGACCCUCAGAUGCCAUAUAUGUGGCUAAUAGAUGCAAGGCUCCAAUAUAUGUAAAUAAACAAAUUGUCUUGGCAGAUGCUAUUAGAAUUGGCUAUGGGAUGGGCAGAGUCCGCGAUACAAAGUCUACUUAUGAUGUAUCCCUUGACAGUGCUGCAGAUGGUCCAGAUUUACUAACAGAGGAGCUGGAUCUGGUGAGGAAUAUGGAUUUAGCUGUCAAAGAAGAAAGGUACAAUGAUGCAGCAAUGUUAAGAGACAAACUAAUGAAGCUACGCAACUCAAGUCAUGGCCAGUAACCUAUUUCUAAUGUUUCCAAGUUUGUAUACUCGUUGAUUGGUGGUUGGCCUGUUUGUGAGCUCAUUUUUUUGGCUUUUAUUGUUAAAAGUGGAAGGAUAUACCUUCUGGUUUUAGAGUUUCAGUGCCUGCUCAGAUUGCUGUAGUUUGUAGAGCUUCAGGAAGGUGCUAGGCUAAAAACAUACCAUUGGAAGUUGGAACCUGUUAACCCCAUUAACCUAGAAUUUCAGUGUUCAAGUUAAGCCCGAGGAAACAUUCCUGGAAUGAAUUCAUGAUCAUGCUUUACAAAAAGGUGGUAAUGUACAGGUUCAACUUAGAAAUGUUGCCCCUAUGAUUACGGGUAAUUGUGGAUUAACUGGGAUGGUGCAUAGCCAUGAUUAUGAAGGAUAAAAAUAUUCAAGUUACACAUGGAGCAGCCAUUGAUUUUGUUUGUAUUUCCGAUUAUAUGAUGUAUGUUAGAACCUAUUAUGUUUUUCUUCGAAUGUAAUAUCCAUCAAUUUCACAGAUAUUCCUAUGAUUUUGGUUGUCUACUUGGCUCCCUAGCUUUAAGAAAAUGGAAUAUAAAGUUUGCUGUGAAUCAUG